AUGUAUCGUGUAUUGGUUACCGGUGCGGCUGGACAAAUUGGUUACUCACUCGUCAUGCAAAUUGCCAAAGGCGAUGUCUUUGGUCCAGAAACGCCGGUUUGUUUAAUUCUGUUUGAUAUACCGAUGAUGCACGAUGCUUUGACAGGUGUACAAUAUGAAUUACAAGAUUGCGCUUUGCCCACUCUAAAGGAGGUGAAAGUGACAGUCGAUGAAAAAGAAGCGUUUGAGGGAAUUGAUUAUGCAUUCUUAGUUGGGGCAAUGCCACGAAAACAAGGCAUGGAAAGAAAAGAUUUGCUCGCUGCAAAUGUGAAAAUUUUCAAGACACAAGGACAAGCACUUGCUCAAUAUGCAAAGCCUACAACUAAAACCGGUGAAGUAAAAAAUGUUAUAAUAUGGGGAAAUCAUUCAGCUACACAAGUCCCUGAUGUGGGUCAUGCAACUGUCCUUAAAGAUGGUCAUGCAGUGAAAGCCUAUGAUGCCGUUAAUGACACGGAGUGGCUACAUGGGCCAUUUAUCAGUAUUAUUCAAAAGCGUGGUGCAGUUAUAAUCGAAAAGAGAAAGUUGUCAUCAGCUAUGUCGGCUGCAAAAGCGGCUUGUGACCAUGUUCGCGAUUGGCAUAAAGGAACUCGCGAGGGUGAGUGGGUAUCUAUGGCCGUGCCUUCUGAUGGAUCAUAUGGUAUUCCGAAAGGUCUGGUGUUCUCAUUUCCUUGUCGCGUUUCUGGAGGUCAGUGGUCUAUUGUUCAAGGAUUACAGUGGAGUGAUUUUAUCAAAGGGAAGAUCGAAAUUACUCGAAAGGAACUGGAAGAAGAACGCGAUGAAGCCCUGAAAGCAUGCGAAUAG